UUCAAAAGAAAGAAACCUAACAACACCCAUAACGUUCUCUCUAACCCAUCGUCCCUCGACCUCCGCACAACCCUAGCACCAAGGGGUUGUGCUUGUCAUCGUCUUCCAUACCCAUGUCAGAACCCGACACACAUGCGCCACCUCCUCCGUUCCUGCUCCAGCGCUCGUCGCUUCUACUGUCGGCGUCGUUGUGUUGUCGCUCCAACGAAAGUGGUGUUGCAUUUUUGUUUUUACGAAAACCCAAUCUGGCACCCAAAUUAAGCCUUCUGCUGCAAUGAGCAUUUUUUAGUUGAGUUCACUGACCCAUGGAGGAACCAAACCUGAGUUCACUGACCCAUGGAGGAACCAAACCUGUGUAUAUUCAACCCUGCAAUUUUGGAUUCUCUCACUAAUGAUGCGGUGCAAUAAAUCCUCGACGGCUACAAUGGCUUCUACAACGCCAUGCAAUCACUUCUCGUCGGUAACGAUGAUCUCUCCGUUGCUCCCGACUUUGUUUCUCUUGUUCACGUUGUCUGCAAACAUCGCCUCCGUUCCUUCGUUCAAGACCACUUUUUUCGACUCCUAGAGGAGACGUUUGAACGAAAUGGGGCAUCGAGAUUUUGGCGCCAUUUUGAUCCUUAUUCUCGUGUUGCAGGUUUGAACAAGAAUGAUGACCUUGAUGAUUCUCAGAACAAUUGGAGUUUCCAUUCCAAUGAAGGCUACCUUCUUUAUGACAUACAUAAUGGUUGAUGGAUGGGCUGGAAUUGCUGGAGAAGGAGUCCUGGGAUUUGAACACUGAAGAGAAACUUAAAGCUGCUGGUAAGAAGAAAGAAGAAGGAAAUGUGUUGUUUAAAGCUGGUAAGCAUGCAAGAGCUUCCAAAAGAUAUGAAAAGGUUGUGAAGUACAUAGAAUAUGAUUCCUUAUUCGGUGAGGAGGAGAAAAAGCAGGCCAAGACCUUGAAGGUUUCCUGCAAUCUUAACAAUGCUGCUUGCAAGUUGAAGUUAAAAGACUACAAGGAAGCAGAAAAAUUGUGUACCAAGGUGUUAGACAUCGAGAGUACAAGUGUUAAAGCCCUCUAUAGAAGGGCCCAAGCAUAUAUGCAGUUAACUGACUUGGAUUUGACUGAACUUGACAUUAAUAAAACUCUUGAAAUUGACCCUAACAACAGAGGAGAAGCUGUUAUUUGUUUUCAAGAAGCAUAAGAAGGCUAUAGGCUG